GGCAGAACUUAACACAACGACAACCUAACCUCAAAACUUUUGUUUAUGUUGUGUUUUGUAUUUUUAUUUUUAAUGUUUAAUUUUUUUUUAAAAAAGUAUAUUGUCACCACACACUACUCUGUAGUUCUUAGUUCUACACAGACACAGUUAUAGAAUAGCAAAUCAAAUAGUGUUCAAUAUUAUUUAAUUUAAACUUAAAAGUAUAUACCGACUGCAAACGAAUAGGAAAAAUGUCUGUUACACUACACACCGAUGUUGGCAACAUAAAAAUCGAACUUUUCUGUGAAAGUUGUCCGAAAGCCUGCGAAAAUUUUUUGGCUUUGUGCGCCAGCGAUUAUUACAAUGGCAGUUUGUUUCAUCGGAAUAUCAAAGGAUUCAUUGUACAGACCGGCGAUCCUACAGGAACCGGCAAAGGGGGCACUUCUAUUUGGGGCAAAAAGUUUGAGGAUGAAUUCAAAGAACAAUUAAAGCAUAAUGUUAGAGGCACAAUUUCAAUGGCAAAUAACGGACCCAACACAAAUGGAAGCCAAUUUUUUUUCACAUAUGCAGCCCAACCGCAUUUAGACCUCAAAUAUACUAUAUUUGGAAAAGUUAUUGAUGGACUGGAAGCACUAGAUGAAUUAGAAAAGUUGCCUGUCAAUCCAAAAAAUUUUAAACCACUCAAUGAUACAAAAAUAAAUAGUGUUACAAUACAUGCAAAUCCACUAGCUGGUUAGGGAAAAUCUUAUUUUUUUUGUAAAAUAAACUUGAGUAUUAUCGGAAUUACACUUUGUAUUCAAAUCAAACAAACAAAUAAAAUUUGUUUUUAUUUAGUUUAUUUCUGGCUUAAAGAACGCUUGUUUAGAAGUUGAAGAGGUCACUAUUGGCUACUUCUAUACCUACUGUACAUUACUAACAUUAUUGGUACCCAAUUUCUGAAAAAAAAUACACUUAAACGAAAUUAACAAACACUGUAUAUGAGAAUAAGGAAAAAUAUGCUCUAACUUUACUUUGAAUGAAGUAAAUAAAAAGCAUAUUUUCAAAUAUACAAAAUUAUUGAAUAUAGUAAGCAGUCAUAGAAUAAAUAAUGUGUUGCCAUCAUAAUUUGAAACGUUUUCACACAAGAUUAUACAGUUCUUUAAUCAAAAUAAUUUCCAAAACCAAACACACAGCUACAUUUAGGUAUCAUACUAUAAAAAAAGCCUCCAUUUUUUUUUUUAUUUGGAAUUAGUUUCUUGUUUGUUAAUUCUUUGUUUCUAAUUUUUUUUCACUAGUUACUAGCUAUAUCACAGCCUUAUUUGUAAAAAAAUAUUCUAUCCAAAGAAAUUAAAUGGGUAUGUUCAAGAUUUGCAAUCUAGAUUUCACUCAAGUAUUGAUUUCUCUUUGGGAUAAAAUUGAAACCAAAAGCUUUUUUGGCUCAAUACACAACAAAAUGAACAUUUUGAGAAUAUCUUGAUGCAAUAUUUGGUUAUUUGAUAAGGAAGAAUCCUAUAGUAUUGAUGUUCCUAACAUUGAGGGAUAAACACAAAGCAUUUUUUUCAAUAUUUAAAAAAAUAAUUCUUACAUUAUUCGUAUCAAAAUAAAUACAAUUGGACGUUUUGUAUUUUGAACUAAUCGAUAUUUAAAUGUCCCGUCUUCUGCUUUGUAAGGGUUUUUCUAAUAAAAUAUUUUGCGUUUACGCCUCUGGAUGAUUUUUAUAAGCUUGAACAGAAAGCCAGUUUAUGUUAAAAUUGUUAAUUUAAUAACAUUCACAGCCCUACUUUCAAGAAACUAAUUCCCAUUUUUGUUGGUUUAUUUGAUAAGAGUAUAAUAUUUAAUGUUCAAAUUAGCUCAUAGAAACACAAUUUACAUUAUAGAAUAAGUCAGUUGACGUUAAUAAUUCAACUAGGUUUGUAUUUUUCUGCUUUUGUGGCCAACCAGAAGAAGGAGAGGUUCCAAAGUUUUUAUUAUAUUCUUGUUUGGUUGCCAUUUACGAACAAUUUUUGACCAAGUCAAUCUUGGAUUUGGAAUGAUAAAAUAGACAAAAACACAAAUUCAUUUGCAAACAAGACUGAAAAUAAGAAUCUAAGUCAACACGCUGAAGGAAUGUGUUAUGUAUUCUCUAUUUUAUAAGUUUAUUUCUGUUUACAUUCCUUAUUGCAUUAUGUGAGUCCGGCCUAGCAUUUUGUACUGACUCCUUAUAAUUAGUUUCAAUUGGUUUUCUACACCCUUUUUUUCAACUACAUACCUGCAUUUCGUCGUGACGACCGUUGUUAUAUGUGAAAAUUUAAUAUUUUUAUAUUGUUUUCUCUCAUCGCAGUAGUCGAGCUAAGUUUAUAUUUUGUAUCAACUUUGAAACAGAUUAAAAAGUUGUAAAAUGUCUCUAACCAUGUUUCAUUAAACCAGUCCACUAUUUUCCGAAGCGAAACACAAAACAGACUGAGGAAUUUUAUCUUCAUCAAGUAACUCUAAUGUCUCAAUACCAGAACCAAUUCCUUUUUAUUCUAGAGAUAUUGUUGACAAAGGUACCUACUUUCAACCACAGCCAAAUAAAAAUCCUUCUAGAAAUACACUACCUCGAUAUGGUUAACAUGAAACUUAUUAUUUUAGAUGAGGCAACCACAUGACCAAACAACAAGGACACAAAACUGAAAUCAGAAUCCUUUUGCAAACCAAUAAAUUUUUUCUCCGAUUAAGAAAUCGAUUAGCUGUGUCAAAACUUAGUAAAAUUAUUAUCAUCAACGACUUUACAAUUAAAGUUAUUAACUCACUAAAUAAGUCUUAAGAAACCAAUGGAAGAAUAAUAAUUAAAAACUCUAUAAUUAGAGGCAUACAUUCUAAAUUAUAUCGUUAUACCAUAUGCUCAAUAAAUACAAAUUUUUUUCUACUUAAUAAUAAGAGUAAACAAAUGUAUCAAUUGUAUAAUAUCUAUAAUAUAAAAAAUGUAUAAUAAUAUGUUGCGGGCUAAAGUUUUUUUUUUUUUGUCGUUUUUCUCUUAAAUCUAAUUUUAAACUUUUCUAGCAUAUUUUUUGUAAUUUCGAAAAAUCUAGGGAUAAAAGUUUAUUAAAUCACAGCUCUUAAAAAGUUUGAAGCCCGCUAGAUUGGAAUCUGGUUUUUAUUUAUACAUUAUAUAAAACUACUUAAGUGGAUUUUUUGUUUCGUUUAGAACGAGGAAUGCCGUGCAAUAAUUAUUAUUGUAAACUUGACUUUAGAAAAGAGUCGUUCUAUUCAAUCAGUUGCCGAUCAUUAUAAUUUUUAUUUAAAAAAAUUAUUUACACAAUCACAUGUACUUAUGUGGGACACCCUGUAUAAUAUGGUAUAUUUUUAAAUAAAAAUUACAUCAUCUCUUUCAAUAUUGGCACAUUCCAUCACCAUCAAUCUUUAAACAUAAUAGGCUACAAGAUGGAAAAAUACGUUUGUGUCCUAAACGGAUUUAUCUCUAUAAGAUGCUCAUAUAGAAAAAUCUGUGUUACGUUUAAAAAAUAACUUCUAUUUUAUUUGGGAAAAGCCUCAUUUAAAGCUUGCUUUCAACGGAAAAAAACUUUUGCAAAAAGGUACUGCUGCGGUAUAAUCGAUUGUAAAUGAACAUAUUGUCCAUUUGUAAUCCUUUUAACCCAAAAAACAUGUUUAAAAUCUUCAACAUUUUUAACUAACGAAGGCAAAAAAUUUUCUUUUGCCAAAUUUAUUGGUCAUCCUAAACCUCUAAAUCACCAUUCAUUAUUUCCCUUUGUGGUUCUACCUCCUUGCCACCUCCUCCGCCUCCCUGAGACUCGCCAGUUUCUUCAUAGGGCCUUAAGAUAGCUCGCACAGUUUUAAAGUGCUUUUUGAAUCCUAGUUUCGCGUAAAGGCCCAAAGAUGCAUCAUUUUCUGGACGGAUCACCACAAAGGGGAGGUAGCCUCUUU